UGAUAAGCUAUAUGCUACCUGUACAAUGUUUGUCUAGGGAAUCUGACCCAGAUGGGUAAAGUCAUUGUCACAACUUCCAACUGUGAAAUCCUACCACUGCUAUCCUGAGCCUAUGCUUUCUUUUGACAGAUACUGCCCCAUUUGUUUCUUUACACAUCUCCUUCAGUCAUUGCAGAGUAGGAGAAUAAUAGCCUAAUUGCACACGUGUGUGUGUGUGUGUGGCUGCCGAAGAAGUUCUUAAGUGCUACAGUACUCCACUAGUAUCAUGGAAUUAACUGUGUGAGUUUGCUGAGAAGAUCUGUGCAGAGUCUGGUUCCUGAAGCCUGAUAUUUUAUGACCCACCCUUUUUGGGGAUUUUAGUCUCUUCCAGUUCCUCAUAAAACCGAUUUCAGGCCUAGAAAAAGAAGGAAGAUAUUCUGGAGGAGGAACCAGUUUUGGGAGAAAAAGGGCUGAUGUAGGCUAAGGGUGAUGGAUCAACAUCACCUGUUACCGUGUGAAGAAAAUGACGGGAAUGGGAAGCUUCCAAAGCUGCCAGGUGAAGGCCAACAAGCAAGGGUGGGGGAUACGCAACAGGCCAAAGUAAAGCCUACCUUCCAUGUAGGAGUGCAAACCCAAAUGGAACAGACUGAAGAAGAGAAGGUGCCAUCUGUAAUGGUUCACAUGCAACAAAAAACACAGAGCAGAAGAGAUGGAGCACAGUGUGUGACAGUGACUGUUCAGCAGCAAUGGGAUGAAAGAGGAGAGGUUCCAGAGGUGACUGUACAGGUACAACAAGGACAAAAUAUGCCAUCUGUAACUGCUGAGGUGCAACAAGAGUGGAACAAAGGUGGAGGGGUAUUGUGUGUGUCUGUAAAGGUGCAACAGAGAACUGCGGGAAGGGAGAUGCCCUGGCCAUGUGUCACUGUACAGGUACAGCAGAAGGGUCAAGGAGGAGUAAUUCCAAAUGAGAAUGUCUAUUGGCAGCCCACCAAGAGAUAUGAGGAUGCACCUCAUGCCAUGCAACAUCAGGAGCAAGCCCAAUGCAAGGAAGGGACAAUGGCUGAAGUGGAGCAGCAACAAGAUCAGGAAGAGACAAAUGUGAUAGGUUCAAAGCCACUUCAGCAAGGUGCAAAUGAUUCAAUGGGGAACAAGGGCCUGCUACUGCAACGUAGGUGGGACCAAAGCACAGAACAGCUAAAGCCAGUACAGCUACUACAAAGAGAGCGAAAAGAAAACAGAUUAGAGGCGAUAAUGUUGGGGAAGAAGCUGCAUGAUGACAGCCAACAUGCAGAACCAACAAAGAUGUUAAACCUUCAUCCUUGGAGUGCAAGAAAGGAAGACUCACUAGACACAACCACAGAACAGCUGCAAGAACAAGAAAAUGAAGAUGACAUUUUUUCUGAAGAAGGAGCUCAAAAGGUGAUUGUAGAAGAGAAGGAACAUGGAUGUGAAGAACAGACUAUAUCCAAGAAACACAGAAGGGAUAUGCCUAACUAUUUCGUUGCAAUCCCAAUAACAAAUGACCAGAUAUUAGAUAAAGUUGAAGAUGUCCAAGAGCUGAUAAUCACCAAAGAGCCAGACCUGCUGAGAGCCCUAAUUCCAGUUCAGACUAUGCAUCUUACUAUUAUUGUAGCUCAUCUGAAAACAGAAGAUGAUGUGAAAAGGGCUGUUUCUGCUCUAGAGCACAGCAAGGCCAAAGUGCAAGCUUUGUUGCAAGGGAAAUUCUUCAGCAUGACAUUUCGUGGGAUUGGCCAGUUUAACAACCAAGUGAUCUAUGUUAAAAUGUCAGAGAAUGAACACCAAAUGCUAAGGAAAAUUGCAGAAGCUGUGGAGAGCUCAUUUAUCAAAAUGAAUGUAGACAUCACAGGCAGCAAAGACUUCAAACCACACCUAACAUUUCUGAAGCUGUCCAAAGCACCUACCUUGAGACGCAAGGGCUUUAGAAGAAUUCAUGAAGACCUUUAUACAAAGUAUGAAGAUAGCCCUUUUGGCACAGAGCUCUUAAGUCAAAUUGACCUUUGUGCCAUGCAUAAAAAGAAGCACGAUUCUGGUUAUUAUCACUGUGAAUAUUCAAUCGAUGUAUGCCCCACAAAGUCAGAGGAUAAGAAUGAAGAACAGGAGGCUGAUGAUCCAAAAGAGAAUAUUCUUGAUGUUCCUUUAAAUAGCGGCACAUUUGACAAUACAAAAGCAAAGCUUGGAGAUGACAAUCUUGCUGAUUAAAGUGAUUACAAGGUAGCAGGAAAUCUUGACGGUGUUGCAACUAUAAGUGAAGAAAAUAGUAUGAACAGACAUUGAAACUAGAACCAAGCAUAAAAUCUUUACCGCAGGCAGAGGUCUGUUCCAACCUGAACUCUUGCCAGCAAACCCAGAAGCAUUAAAGGCUAAGGAUGAGGAACAAGCAGAAGAAGAAUAAAAUAUGACAGAUGGUGACUUAGGAAAAGUUGUACCAAGUGAAAAGGCUCCGCAGCAGCAAGCCAUUAAUGCGUAAAGGUACCAAGUGUUCCUCAACUAGAAGCAGAUGCAAACUGCUACUGCUAAUGUCAGUCAGUGCAAAAACCUUGUGGGCUACACAGUAUUGCAACUGGGAAAAACAGCAAAUGCUGAAGAACUUCCACCUAUCAUUAGUACAAGCUUUGCUUAAGAAAGUAGAAAAGAAUGUUCAGAGACUAAACCAGGGAUAGGGAACUUGAGGUUCUCCUGAUAUUGCCAGUUUUGAACUCUCAUCAUCCCUGACCAUUUGCCCACGCUAGAUGGGGCUGGUGGGAGUUGGAGUUUCACAACAUCUGGAGGGCUACAAGGUCCUCUCCCCUGUUCGAAACACAUAAAUGAGUAUAUGAUACUUAGUGCUUGGGCACAUAAACAUUUAAAACUUCUCCACUGUUUGUUUAAAGCAUUUUGUCAAAACGUUGUUGUUCCUUGACUUUCUUUUGGGAUUGAAUUAGUGAACUUUCUUUUUUUCCCCUUUUUUUAGGAAAGAGUCACUAUUAGGAUGGUCUGGUUUUUAAAAAAGGAGAUUCUUUAUCUAAAAGUGUCAGUAUUGUGUGAAAACAGGGUUAUAAAGUCUGAGUCUAAAACAGUAGCAGUAAGUUGGACAUUAAAAUAAUUAAAUUACAUAUAAGCUUUAUUCAAGCAGCCUUUAAACUAGAAAGGAACAUGAUAGAGUUUGCAUUAAUAAAGAGCAUAAUAAAAGUCUAAAA